AUGGACCUCCACCGUGCAGCUUUCAAGUUGGAGAGCUCCUCGUAUGUGCCAAACUCCAUGUCUUCACCCGCCCUCAUGGUCCUGGCGUCGACGCCUGAAUCCGAUCGUGACCCCUCUGUUGUUCCUUGCCAGACCUCGCGUCCGUUCGGCGUUCCGGUCUCUCUGGAAAAAGACCUGCACCUCCCGUUCCCCAGUGGCUCGUACACCUUUUCCUCUGUGUACCAGAGGCAGGGAGGCUUCACGCCCCGGGACUUCCCUGCCUCUCUGCUCCACCUGCAUCCACAGUUCACUCCAGCUCCACUGAGCAUGCUCGGGCACGGAGCAGUGGGAGCGUUCCGGCCGUUCUCUUCCACAAAUGAGGACAGAGACACAGGGAUUUAUCAUUCCGCCUUCCUGCCCACCAAGAGGCUGAAGGGAGGCCCGGAGCCGGACACGUCGCCUCGUCUGUGCUACACGGUCACUGAAGGGAAGGAGUUCGAAUUCAGGGUCAACCAACUGCCCUCCGGGUCUCCCGGUGCCCUAAAAGCAGCUGAGGAUUCUGGGAAAAAGAGGUUCAGCAUGUCAGGGCUGCUGGUGGACGCCGAGGCCUCAUGUAGCCCCGAGGAACAGAAGGACGGCUGUAAGGUGAAGUGUGUGUGUGAUGUUCAGACGCCUGUGUGUCCCGUCUGUCACGUCGUACUGCGACCUGAUGAGCUGCAGGAACACGUGGAGCAGGAGAUGGAGAGACUUUCACAGCUGCACCUGAGUGCGAGUCCAGCAGAGAGUGAGUGUCUCUCGACCGGGUUCUCCAGAUCUGUAUUUUCUGUCCACGUUAAGCGAGAAGGCGGGCCGUGUGUUCCGUCGCCCCGCCCCUCUGAUGACGCCGUGCACUCAGACAGGUACCAGACGUUUUUACGAGUCCGAGCCAACAGACAAACACGACUCAGUGCUCGCAUUGGGAAGAUGAAGAGAAGGAAAGUGGAGGAAGAGCAGAGAGAUGGGGUUGUGGAAAAUGGCUCUGUGGUAGCAGCAGGAGCAGGAGAUGAGUACGAGUGGAGUGAACAGAGGAGCGUGCACGUGGUGUCCAUCCUGACCGGCUUCAGAGGUUUAGUAAACAGCACGUCUAAGGAGCAGCAGGACAGUGAUGUGGAUUUGGACGUGGAUGGAGACGAUACUCUGAGUUAUGGCCGAGCGCAAUACACGGAAUCAGACGUGAUCCCGAGCGCCGGAGACACUGAGGACAACGAGACGGCCGUGAAGGAAGCAGCGGGUCGACUUUCUCCAGAACCCACCAGGUGGCCCUCAGCAGAAACUCCAUCUACAAGUAAUGAAGACCACAGCAGGCCAGAUGUUAGCGUGUCCAUCUCUCCAGCCUGCCGGAGCUGUCAGUUUGAGAUGCUGUCCGGUGACUCUUUUAACACACUGGAAGCGUUGAAGUUGCGGAUCCGAGACCUGGAGAAGCAGCUGACUCGAGGAGAUCGAAUUAAAUGUCUUAUCUGCAUGGACUCGUAUAUGAUACCGCUGGCGUCAAUCCAGUGUUGGCACGUGCACUGUGAGGAGUGCUGGCUCCGUACGCUGGGAGCGAAGAAGCUGUGCCCACAGUGCAACACCAUCACUUCACCAGGGGACCUGCGGCGUGUGUAUCUGUGA